AUCUCGUACUGCCAACCGAGCGGUACUUUCAAGUCAACCCAAUAUAGAAUUAUAUAUAUUUUUUAUAUUUUUUUCUGGUUUAUUUAUUAAACCCUAAGAUGAGAAUCCUUCAGGAGCAUCAAAUCCAUUUGCUGGAUCCUUCGGAGCUGAUGCGUCCAGAGCCCACGUUUGCCGACAAGAAUCCCUCCAAGUUCCGUGACUAUAGCGUGGACAUAGAGGAUCCUCUCAAGGAACGUGUUCGUCGAACAUAUCGUCAGAUGCACUUGAAUCAAACCGUCGACUUUGUCAAUGGACGCCGUGCUCGCUGGCUAAAGUUCAAUACGAUUAAGAUGACCGUGCGCCAGGCACUGGAGAAGCUUAACGAUUUGGUGGAUGAAUCGGAUCCUGAUCUGGACUUGCCCAACAUAAUACAUGCUUUUCAGGCUGCGGAGCGUGCACGCUUGGACUUUCCCCAACACGAUUGGCUGCACUUGACCGCAUUGAUUCACGAUCUCGGCAAGAUCAUGGCCUUUUAUGACGAGCCGCAAUGGGCAGUCGUGGGCGACACCUUCGCUGUGGGUUGCCGCUGGGGCGACAGCAUUGUCUAUCGGGAGGAAAGCUUUGAGGGUAAUCCCGAUGGUGAGAAUCCCAAGUACAACACCGAAUACGGCAUGUAUGAGCCCAACUGUGGUGUGGACAACUUACUCAUGUCCUGGGGACACGAUGAGUACAUGUAUUCGGUGCUCAAGCACAACAAGACCAAGCUGCCUGAUGUGGCAUGCAACAUUAUACGCUUUCAUUCCUUCUAUCCGUGGCACAAUGGCGGCGACUACAAGCACCUCGAGGCGCCCAAGGAUGAGGAGACCAAGAAAUGGGUGCUCAUCUUCAACCGCUACGAUCUGUAUACUAAGAGCGAGGUUGUUCCCGAUAUUGAUGCACUGUGGCCCUAUUACCAGACAUUGAUUGACAAAUAUCUGCCUGGUGUUCUGGAGUUUUAGACAAUUGUAUAUUAUACCUAUAAACAUAUUUACCUACUUACAUAUAUUGCCAGCAUAAUUCUUACAUUUACAAUAACUUUAUAGUGCACUUGAUGUACCUUGAAAGCUGUUCACUACUGGUCCUUAAGAAUAUCAUGAUACAUCUUUAUAAAUACAUACAUAUUUUAUGCUAUUUCACAAAA